AUGGACUCGAAGACGGAUGAGGCGAUGGUGUGUGACACACCAACCGAUCAGUCGGUGGUGGCCGCCGACGACAAGGUGGAAUGGGAUGCCAGCCAGGAGCAGAGAGCGAAGAGGAAGAUCGAUAUGACUGUCCUCCCCCUUCUGGUCCUCGGACUUCUCAUGUUCCAACUCGACCGCAUGAACCUCGCAAGCGCUCUCACUGCCGGAUUCGCCAACAAUAUCGACGUGAGCCAGGACACCAUUAACUUGGGAAACCAGCUCAUGUUCAUGGGCACUGUCGUUCUAGAAAUACCAUGCAAUUUGCUGCUGCAACGGUUCGGUCCACGAAAAUGGAUCUCUCUUCAGGUGUUGCUCUUCGGCCUUGUCGGAACUCUCCAAGUCCUCGUCAAGAAUCGCGCCGGCUUCCUCGCCAUCCGCCUGAUGCUCGGCUUCACGGAGGCGGGCUACAUCCCGGCAUCGAUUUUUACGCUUUCAACAUGGUAUACGAAGCGAGAGCUGGCCAAACGCGUUGCCAUAUUCAUGUUUGGUCAAUUCGGUGGUAACGGCUUGAGCCCCCUGCUGGCAUCGGGCAUCCUAAAAAUGGAGGGUCAUCUUGGCUUGAAGGGUUGGCAGUGGCUUUUUUUGUUGGAGGGUCUUUUUACUCUUGCGGUGGCUUUGAUGUUCAUCUUCCUCCUCCCCGGCUCGCCCGACACCCCGAAACCGAUAGGAAGCCCGGGCCUAGUGCGAUUCUCGAGAAACCACCAGGAUAUCCUCCAGAAGCGCCUUGAGAUUGACGAUCCGGUAAAGAGACAUGGUACCCAGGGUCUUGAAAUCCCCUGGGCUCUGGUUUGGAAGACUGUCAGCCACUACAGGCGGUGGCCGCAUUACGUGUCCACGUUUUGCGCAUUCUCGACAUGGUCACCAUUGACGACGUAUACUCCUUCAAUCAUCAUGGCCCUCGGCUUCGAUCGGAUCAGCGCCAACGCACUGGCAGCGGUCGGUGCCACUCUUGCCAUGGCGGUCGUCUUUGCAUUCGCAACAAUGAGCGACAGAACGAACAAACGAGGAGGGACCGUCUUGACGGCGCACGUAUGCUAUUUGACCAUCUUGGUGGUUGCCCGCAGUGUUCAUCCGCAUGUUGGAAAAUGGUCCAGAUGGGGACUGUGGACGGCCAUCAACGCCUUUUCGGUUUCCUACCAUCCGGCGCAUAACACCUGGGUGCAGGUGAACUGCCGCGAGGCAGGGGAGCGGAGCAUUGCUAUUGCGAUGUGGGUGAUGUCCGCCAUCAGUGGUCUGAUGGUCGGUUCUCAAUAUUUUAGAGCGAACGAUAUUCCUUUCUACGAUAGGGGACUUCUUACGAUGAUCAUCAUGGUUUCGGUCGGAAUGGCGUUUGCGCUGUUGCAGGAGUUGGUGUACUUCGUGCACAACCGGCGAGUAGCUCAAGGGAAGCACAAGUCUAAGGAUGGUUCGGAGCCGUACGUGUACAUUUACUAG